GUUUGGUGUGGUCAAGUGUUGCCGAAGCAAUGAUCACCGACAUCGCAGCUCGAUCUAUGUUGCGGUCGGGGCUGUGGAAGCAAGCAUUUCACCACCUUCCGAGAAAUCUCCAUACUUCGGGACAUGCUCUCAAUUCCAGUAUGAGAAUGCAGGGCUUGGUGAUGCCGCAGACAGCGGCGGGUCCGCGUCGAAAUUUCUUCAACCUUACGGGCCGCAACAACAAGAAGCAGCUCAAGAAGAUGGAGCAAGACGCGAACGCGAACCCUGAGGACGCGGGUCGCCAAGUCAAGUUCCUUCAAGCUCUGAACAAGGACUACCCAGCGUUGGUCGUCCGUCGCGUGGAAGAAGGCCGGUUCGCACUCUCCCAGGAAGCGUACCGGGAAUACAUCAAAGCUCUUGUGCGCACCAACCGCAUGGACGCCACGGACACGAACCUCCUCUUGGCGAAGAUGCAGUCGGCGGCCCCUGCUUCGGCGAUUGCCUCGUCAAACGCAUCAGCACUCGCGACCAGUGGCGCGCCGCUUUCGUCGGCUUUGGCUGCGGCCCAAGGCCUGUCCCCAAACGAGCCCAUGUACGUGUCUAUGGUGGAUGGAGGGUUCAAGAAGAACCUGUGGCGCACGGCGCGCGUGGUCGCGUUGGGGUUCAUGGUCAUCUCGGCGUUGACGGCGCUGAUUGAAGAAAAGGGGCUCGGGGGCAUCGGCGUCAAGUCCAAGGUCACGACGGCGAUCGGAAGCGACAAAAAGUUCGCCGACGUCAAGGGCGUGGACGAAGCCAAGGAUGAAUUGGACGAGAUCGUACAGUAUCUCAGGGAUCCGGAUAAAUUUACCCGAUUGGGAGGCAACUUGCCCAAGGGAGUGCUCCUCAUGGGGCCUCCUGGUACGGGGAAGACGUUGCUAGCGCGUGCAAUUGCCGGCGAGGCUGGUGUGCCAUUCUUCUACUCGUCGGGCGCGGAGUUCGAAGAAAUGUACGUCGGUGUCGGCGCUCGUCGUGUGCGCGAUCUGUUUGACGCGGCGAAGAAGAAGGCGCCGUGCAUUGUGUUUAUCGAUGAAAUCGACGCCAUUGGGGGCACCCGACAUUUGAAGGAACAGUCUGCGCUGAAGAUGACAUUGAACCAACUUCUCGUGGAAAUGGACGGGUUUGACCAAAACAAAGGGAUCAUUGUCAUCGGGGCCACGAAUUUCCCCGAAAGCCUCGACAAUGCGCUCACCCGCCCCGGACGCUUUGACAGACACGUGACCGUCCCGCUUCCCGACAUUGCCGGUCGAAAGGACAUUUUGGAGCUGUACACGAGCAAAAUUCCGUUGGGCAACGACGUCAACCUCGACAUUUUGGCCCGCGCGACGCCUGGCAUGUCGGGCGCGGAGCUGUCCAACCUGGUCAACGAAGCCACGUUGCGGUCGUCGCUUCUCAACCAAACUGUACUGUGCGAUGCAUAUAUCCUCGUUAUCAUAUGUGCAUAGGUCGUGGACAUGUCUGCAUUUGAAUUCGCCAAGGACAAAUUGCUCAUGGGCGCCGAGCGCAAGUCGGCGAUCAUUUCCCCCGAAAGCGCGCGGUUGACGGCGUACCACGAAGGCGGCCACGCGCUCGUGGCCAUCAACACCCCUGGCGCCCACCCAGUGUACAAAGCGACCAUCAUGCCUCGAGGUCAAGCGCUGGGCAUGGUCAGCCAACUGCCUGAAGGCGAUCAGACUAGCAUCACGCGCAAGCAGUUGCUCGCGCGGUUGGACGUGUGUAUGGGCGGACGUGUGGCCGAGGAAAUGAUCUUUGGCAAGGACGAAGUCACCGGCGGGGCGUCGUCGGAUAUCAUGCAGGCGACUCAGUUGGCCCGACAAAUGGUGACCAAGUACGGCAUGAGCGACGAAGUUGGGAUUGUGUUUCACGACUUGAAAGGCAACGACACAUCCGCUGCCACCCGCACGUUGAUUGACAAUGAGGUCCGAAAGUUGUGCGAUGCGUCAUACAAGCGGGCGUCCAGCAUCCUUAUGAAGAAUCGCUCCGAUUUGGAGACGUUGGCGAAAGCGUUGCUGGAGUAUGAGACGCUCUCGGGCCAGGAAAUCACCGACAUCUUGCGCGGCGUCAAGCUGAACCGCUCCAAGGAGAUCAAGAAAGCCAAGCAGUAGUGACCUUUAUAUCCGGAUAAUGCAACCCGGAAAACGUCGUGUGUAUCCGGAUCACCUAUCCGGUCGAUUUGAAUCCUUGGCAUUUGCAGAAUUUUGCGCGCGCGCG